AUGCAAGUUCCACCCCCGCUGAAUCCUGAGGCUCCUGAGGGAGAGAAAUAUCGAGCUGAGUUACUCUCCUUGGAGCAGAACAAGGAUGCCCCGACCUUGACGCGCAUUGUCGGAAUCCCCAAGGACGACCGUAUCUUCUCUCUGCUGCUCCAGCCGUCUCAUGCUGGCAUCCCGCCGCUCUAUCUUCAGGUAAACGACCCGGACCCGCUCCGUGACGAAGGACUGCUCUAUGCUAAGUUGGUAGAAGAGGCAGGCGUGAAGACGAAGGUCGAUAUUUAUCCGGGUGUUCCUCACGGUUUCCAGUAUAUUGCUCCACAGAUAACGGCAGCUGUCAAAUCAAGCAAGGACUUCGGCGAAGGGAUCAAAUGGUUGUUGAGCUUGAGGAGCGGUGCCUCGGAUUAA